AUGGAAAAUAUCAAUGUUUCAAAAAUUGAUCAAAAUAACAACAACAACAAUGCUAUUGAAACAGCAGAAGUUACAGAAGCUAUCGUAUUUAUAGCAGAUGAUCACAUAACAACUCCAUCUUCGUCAUUACCUGGAAAUCUUGAUAAUCCUUUACUUCCACCAAACAAUGCCAACUUAACAUCAGAAAUAAUUGAUGGACGAAGACUUAAAUGUAUAGAUGUUACCAAUGACAAUAUCUUGGUAGCAUUAAAAUAUCGAGAUCAGGAAAUUCAUGAAUUAGUAAAACUUCAUCAAGAUUAUUUUGAUUCGGUAAGAAAUUUUAUUGAUUCAAAAGAAGAAUGGCAGAGAUUUCAAGAAAUACUUUAUUCCAAGAGAGAAGACAUAAAUGACAUUGAAUGGAUAAAUAUGAUUGAAGAAUUUUUUAAAAAUAAUUUAUUGUUGUUUAUAAAAUUCAAAGAAUUAGUUGGAUAUGAUGAUUAUUUUGAAGACGAUGGUGAUUCAGUUGAAGACGAUGGUGAUUCAGUUGAAGAUAAUAUUUUUGGGCAGGAAUUAUUAGUAAAGGGGAAAAAUAUGGAAAAAUAA